AUGAAGUGCGCUACUCCCUUUGGAGACGCAAUGCGGAAGCAUUUCCUCAUUGAUCCCAACUUUGUAAAUCUGAACCACGGCUCCUUUGGAACGUAUCCAACUGCUGUGCGAGCAGCCUUGAGAGACUUUCAAGAUGAAGCUGAAGCACGCCCGGAUCCAUUCAUCCGUUAUACGACCCCAAAGGCUCUCGACGCAUCUCGAGAAGCAAUAGCCAAGAUGCUCAACGUUCCCAGACAUGAGUGUGUCUUCGUUAAAAACGCCACCACUGGGGUAAACACGAUCCUUCGAAACAUUCCCUUCCAAUCCGGUGAUGUGAUUAUUUACUUUGAAACGAUAUACGGUGCUCUUGAGAAGGGAAUUCUCUCUCUUAUGGAGUCAACCCCCCUCCAGGCACGGAAAGUCCAAUACCGGUGCCCAAUCAGUCAUGAUGACCUAGUGGAGCAAUUUCUGGAGGUUGUGAGAAACACAAGGGCUGAGGGAUUGAACGUGAAGAUUGCGCUUUUCGACGUAGUAUCCAGCCUGCCGGCGAUGCGGUUUCCUUUUGAAAAAUUAACAGAUGUGUGCCGGGAAGAAGGGAUCCUGAGUCUUAUCGACGGCGCACAUGGCAUCGGCCAAAUUCCGCUAGAUCUGGGGAGACUACAGCCUGAUUUUUUUACUAGCAACUGUCAUAAGUGGCUUUUUGUUCCACGCAGCUGUUGCGUCCUCUAUGUUCCUGAACGCAACCAGCAUCUAAUUCGCACAACAAUCCCCACGUCAUGGGGUUACAUCCCUUCCCCUGGCACCCCCGAGACUACUCCCUCUAUUAUGAAGAGCGAUGACCCGUCCAAAACCCCGUUCGAGAGCCUAUUUGAGUUCGUUGCUACCAAUGAUGACACACCAUAUUUCUGUGUCCCUGCGGCCUUGAAGUUCCGCAACGAGAUCUGUGGUGGUGAAGAGCGCAUUUACACGUACCUGGAAACCUUAGCAAACGAAGCCGCAGAUCUUCUGGCAGCUGUCCUGGACACAGAAGUCUUACAGGAACCCAACCUGAAGUCAGGAGAACGAAGUCAACUGCGACGCUGCGGCAUGUCAACUGUUCAGCUACCUAUUGCUAUUCAGGGGAGAUCAGGGCCUGUUAGACCAUCCUACCUCGUCUUACAGGCAGACAAGGUUGCCCCUACGAUCAAUUGGUUCCAAACCACCCUCGCGUACAAGUACGGAACUUUUGUGCCAGUGUUCGCCCAUGGGCAUUGCCUUUGGACGCGACUCAGUGCGCAGGUGUACUUGGAAAUAAGCGACUUCGCAUGGUUGGCCGGGGUUCUGAAGGAGAUGUGUGGCGAGCUGAAGAGCAAGCAAGGCGAUAUUGAUCAGCGGUUGCAAUGA